AUGUCCUCGUCGACGAAGUUAGAAGCGUUAUAUGAAGAAUUGAAACAAGUCGAUGAUGGGACUCAUCCGGAAUACUUGGCGAAAUUGCGGGAGAUAGAAGAACUCUAUGAGGAACAAAAGGAGCGCGAGCAAAUAGCAUAUGAGCUUGCUUUGGAACGGAUAGACUAUGAAUACAAACGGCGAGUACAACAAGCGAAAGAUGAUUUUGAAAGGAAGGAGAAAGAACUUAUGCAAAGCAUGUUAGCGGAACUGGAUGAAAUGGAAAAACGCAUAGAGUGGGAAUAUUCUAACAUGGAUGUUUCUCGUGUUGGGAAUGGAAAUAUCAUUGAUUCUACGAAGAAAACGUUACGGGGCCGAGGAGGGAUUUUGGUCGAACCGCCAACGUAUUUCAAUGCUACUCCAAAGCCUAGCACACAGAACAUUACACCUGAUACGAGAUAUCUACUCACGGAUUCUGAAAUCGCUGAGGAUGUGCGCGCAUUUUCUGGGGAUCAGAGCAGCCCACACAAGGCACAACGACUUUUUGAAGUAAUAUUGGUAAAGCAAAAGUUGACCUAUGAAGGGAAAGUAUACAAACCAGGUGAAGAAGUUCAUGUGGAGAAUAUGGAAUAUGGAAAGUUCCCAGCCAAAAUAGAUUGCAUUUCUGAUGCUGUGGUUUCCUUCAAAUCCACACUGCCUUGGGAUACUAGACAGAUUCAUGCCUCAUAUUCAGAUCUAACCGAAGGACGGGUUCAAAUUGCAAAAAAGAGGAGUAAUUAG